AUGUCCUCCUCGAUCGGCGAUAUUUCCUUUGCAGUGUGCAAAGUUGCGGAGAGCUUACGCAAACUCAAGCAAGCGUAUGAUGAGAAGGAUGAUGACGAAUGUAUGAAAAUUUUGGACUCCAUCAAGACUCGGAUCAUCGUCUUCCCCACCUUUCUGAACCCCUCCGCGGAGAGUAAGAGCCGCGCGGAGGAGCUAAUGCUCGCGCGGGAGGUUCUCGAGCUCGCCGUGCUCGUGAGCGCGCGGCGGAAGGAUUUGGUGAGCUUCGAUCUUUUUUUCGCGCAGCUUCAGCUUUACUACACCGAUAUCUCGUUCGAGGAGCUGCCGGCGUCGCCGAUGCACACGAUGAUGCUCGGCCUUAACCUCGUGCGGCUCCUCGUGAUGAGCCGCAUCGCGCAAUUUCACUCGGAGCUCGAGAAAGUUCCCGCGGAGGCGCUCGCGAGCAGCCCGUACAUCCGCUUUGCCGUUCAGCUCGAGCGCUACUUGAUGGAGGGGAGUUAUAAUAAGCUGCUCACCUCGCGCAAGAAGGCCCCAUCGAACGAGUACAUCCCGGUUGUGGAGAUGCUCGAAUCUACCGUGCGGAAUGAGGUCGCGAAUUGCAUCCCGCACGCCUACACGGAGCUCUCCAUUGCCGCCGCACAGAAGGUGCUGAUGGUGAAAUCGACCGAAGAAGUUCUACAGAUCGGCAGCGAUCACGGCUGGAACCUCACACCUGAUCGGAAAGGCUUCCUCUUCAUUCGGGAGGAGGACGUGGCGAAGAAGGAGAUCCCUUUCGAACAAAUGAUCAAUGAGCACAUCCAAUUCGCGGCGGAGUUACAGAAAAUUGUCUAA